GUUAGGCACUUUCCUCCCCUUUAAAUCAAAAGUCCCUAACUAAAAAGUAAAAAGUGAAGUUAAUUUUGGCGCGAGAAGUGAAUUCCCCCGAAACGUUAGUAAAGAACAAUUCGUGGUAGUGUCACCGUGUAAAAUGGAUGAUUCCGAAGCCAAUACUUUUCGAAUUUUGCUCGCAACAGACCUUCAUCUAGGCUACGGCCUUAAUAAUUCAAUCCGAGAAAACGACACUUUCCGCACAUUUGAGGAAAUCCUCCAAAUUGCAAAUAAGGAAAAGGUCGAUUUUAUUUUACUCGGGGGCGAUUUGUUCCACGAAGCGCGCCCUACACCCCACUGUAUCAAAAAAACCAUCGAACUGAUACGAAAGUAUUGCUUCGGGGAUAAACCUGUCGAAAUUGAGUUUUUCUCCGACCCUUCACUACACUUCCCCGGCAAUGCCAGCGUUAAUUACGAGGACCCCAAUAUUAAUGUUUCCAUUCCGAUUUUUUCGAUUCACGGCAAUCACGAUGACCCCACUGGUAAGAACCACGUUUCCGCCCUUGACUUGUUCUCGUCCAUGGGUCUCGUGAAUUAUUUCGGGCGCUGGGACGACGUCACCAAAGUCGAAAUCAAUCCGAUUUUGCUCAAAAAGGGGGACUCGAAGUUGGCUUUGUACGGCCUGUCUCACAUUCGAGACGAACGUUUGGCUCGCUUAUUUUUGGACAAAAAAGUCGUGACUAAAACACCGGAGGAUUUGAACGAUUGGUUUAACGUGUUCAUUUUGCACCAAAACCGGGCAAAUCGAGGGGCUAAAAACUUCAUAGCUGACUCAUUCAUCCCCGAAUUUAUCGAUCUGGUGAUGUGGGGGCACGAGCACGAUUGUCGCAUUGAGCCAAGCGCUAGUGCUGGGGGCAACUGCUAUAUAACGCAACCGGGGAGCUCUGUCGCCACGUCUCUGGCCGAGGGCGAAGCCUUGACGAAAAAAAUCGGCCUUUUGAGGGUCUGUGGCAAGAAUUUUAACCUCCAUCCGAUUGAGUUGCAAACAGUUCGGCCGUUUAUUUUCAGCUGUCUUUCGAUUGAGCCCCCCGAAAAUUUUGCAGGGAAAAUAGCGCAUUCUGAACGGACUAAAAUUCUAGUAAGGGAGAAAAUUGAAAGUAUGAUAGAAGAAGCGAACAAUUUGAAUAGGGACAACAUGUUGCCGCUGAUUAGGUUAAUUAUUAAAUAUGAAGAUGAGAGACAGGUUUUUAAUCCGAUCAGGUUUGGACAAGAAUUUAUCAACAAAGUCGCUAAUCCGGAAGAUAUCGUCAAGUUUGCAACCCAUUAUAAACAAGCGAGACGAACCAAUAAUGUUCACGUGAAUUUCAUAGAUCCGAAUGAUGAACACGUUACCAGCGUUAUAGACCUAAUUUCAAAAUACUUCGAGGGGGACAACCACUUAUCGGCUCUGUCGGUAACUGGCUUAAAUGAGGCCGUUAAUAAAUUUCUGGAAUCGAACGACAACGACGCUCCACAAGUCUUGUUAAAUGAGCAGGAGGAAUACCUCAUGAAAAAAUUAAUGGAGCUUAAGCCAGAAGAAGCCGAAAUUGAAGAUUGUUUGAAACAAAUUAGCGAGUCACGAAGUGUUGAAGAAUUUAGGGAUGUUUUGAGGGAUCCAAACCGACGGCAAAAUCUAAACAGUGUGACAGUGGAUGAUCAAAUUACGAUUGAUGAUAGUGAUGAUGAAAAUAAUGUCUCUGUGUCAAGUAGGCCGGCUAAAGGGCCCGGUUCGAGGGGCGGACGCGGGUCCAGGGGCGGGAGAGGUCGAGGGAGGGGAAGGGCCAAGUAGUUGGUACCAAAUGAUUUUUACUUUUCGUUCAAAUAACGAAACAUAGAUGACUAUUUUUGAUAAAAGGUUUGUUUUUUGUUGCAUCCUAGAAUAUGUGUUAUACUUACCUCGUGUUGAAACCGUUUCAUUGCAUUAAGACGCCGUAUCGACUUUUCAAGAGAGUAACAUACAAUAUUUUUUGUGCUGCCUGUAUAAAAAUUGAAUUUUUUAAUUAUUAAAAUAAAUACCACAAAAUUAUGUUGGUAUUCAAUUUACCUCCAAUUAUUUACUUGUUUUUGAUUUGAGUUUCAAAUAAAACAUCUCCGUCCAAGUUUACAAAAAAAUUACUGUAUUUAAGAAACAAAAUUCAGGCAGUUACAGCUUUACAUUCUGAACAGUAAGAGAUAAAGGUAACGCAAUUAUUUUAUCGAAACGCAAAUUUAAAAAAAUACCAAUUUGUUCACAGUU